UGACAGCGCUCCUGUCAGUCUGACUUCCUGGUUUGGUUUGUUGUGGUUUGCAUCGAUCAUGGCUGCUGAGGGCGAUUUUCUGGCGAGAUAUCGAGCUGUGUCAAAUAAACUGAAAAAGCGUUUUCUCCGGAAGCCAAAUGUUGCGGAGGCGAGUGAGCAGUUUGGUCAGUUAGCCAAGGAGCUGAAGCAGCAGGACUGCCUUCAGUAUGCUGCCUUCUGUAACCUGGCCAUGGCUCGGUGUGAGCAGACUCUUUUUAACGCUCCUGGAGAGGCUCUAGCGUUAACCGAUGCUGCCCGCCUCUUCCUCUCAUCUGAGAAGGAGAACAGGGCACUACAGGCCCCGGGCUUUGACGAGCACCUACAGGCGGCACUCAACUGCUACAGUUUUGCCAUCAAGGUGUACAUUGAGAUGAACCAGCCUGUGAUGGCAGCCAGCUUGUGUCUAGAACUUGGUAACGCACUCAAGGAGAUGAACAGACCAGGAGAGGCUAUUGUUCAUUACCAGAGGGCUGCAGAGUUGCAGACACAGACGCCAAUUGAAGCUCUGCUAUCAAUGGGAGAAAUGGCCACAUGUAAAAUUCUCACCCGUGACUACGACGGUGCUCUGUCAGUGUUCACAGAGAUGCAGCUGAUGUGCCAGGAGAGAGGACUGCAGCUACCAGGCACCAGCACCCCUGUUGGUGCAUUUCUGGACAUUGUGGCAAAAUGUGAGAUCUCCAGAGUACUAUUGCUAAUGCUGCUUGAGCCUCCGCCUCAGAAGUUGUUACCAGAACAUGCCCAGACCCUGGAGAGAUACGCAUGGGAGUCUUUUGACCCUCACAGCCAAGUGACCUUCCUGCCUGAGAAUGUCUUCCUGCUCCUGCAGUCAGUAGUGAUGGCGUGUCAGGAGAAAGACACAGAGUCCCUCAAGUCUCUUCAGACCGAGCUAUGGCCGUUUCUGACUGCCGAGCAGAAUCAUCUUCUCCACCUGGUGGUUCAGGAGCGCAUCACGCCGUCUGGACAAGGCAUCUAGUACAGUCCAGUUUUUACUCACUUCCUCUGGGAACGAUACUUUAUAUAAUGGAACAUUCCUGUUUCUGACUGGGUCUGUUGUAAGACCUGAAGAAGUGUUGUUUUCAAAACAUUAAUGUUGUAAGUUGCACGCAGUACCAAACUUUGCCCUUAUUAAGCAAAGUCCUGCAGAUUUAGAAAUCAGUGAAAAUCCAAUAGCAUUUUCUAGAACUGUGUGUUGUUCUUAUUAACUUGAUGUGAAGAUUUUUGUCAGGAUGAUAACUUAAAACUAAAUUUAAAUUAAUUUUAAUGCAAUCUUGUUUGUUCUUAUUUGAGUGAGGACUACAGAACUGUAACAAACAGUUUUGAAACAAAGGCUUUGUGAUAUAAUUUGUUUUAUUAAUACAUGAUAUGGCUUAAAUUCCGACGAAUUACAAACAAAAUUGUCUAUUGCAUAGUUAUGAAAUACGGUGAAAUGAAACCACCAUUGUCCUCCCUCCCUGGUUCACUUGUACAAAUUACAUGUACAUUUCUUAUGAUAGCAGCCAACUACAGACACAAAAUCAAACAUGGUUAAAAAAAAAAAAUACACUCAAUGCAAAAUGUUACAAAAAUAUAAUGGUUACAAUGUACAUAGAUUAAAAAAGGAUACACUAUACUUCAGUUGUAAAAUAAUGAUACAUGAUUAAAACUACGUGUACUGUAAA